AAAAGACGAGAAUGACCAUGUUCUUUGUUCGCGUUCAAUAGUAUUGGCGAGGAGGGUAUUUUGGUAAAUUCGAGCUUCUUCUGCUUCGUCUUCUCUCUCUCCAAUUAGAUAGAUCCUUUCGUCUCGAUCGAUCAAUAUCCAUUGUUUCUUCCUCAGAAGCUCCACAAAUUCAUAUAUAUAAAAGAGGAUGGAGAAUGGUGGUCAGUAUGAUAAUGGGAGGUUCAAACCCGAUUACUUAAAAGGUGCACAAUCUGUGUGGAAUAUGAUGCCUCAGCAUCAGAUUAAGGAACAACAUAAUGCCUUGGUGAUGAAUAAGAAGAUCAUGUCCAUCCUUGCUGAGAGGGAUGCAGCUAUACACGAAAGAAACCAAGCUGUCUCUGCCAAAAAAGAAGCAGUUGCGGCCAGGGAUGAAGCGCUUCAGCAACGUGACAAAGCUCUUUCUGAGAGAGAUAAAGCCUUGAUAGAGAGAGACAAUGCUUAUGCUGCGCUUCAACACCAUGAGAAUAGUCUCAACUUUGCUUUGUCCGGUGGGAAACGCGAUGACGGAGAUGAUUGUGUCGGUGUUGAACCCCACAAACUUGCAGUCUUCCCGUUAUCAGCUAUUCCACCCGAGGUUACCAGCACUACUAAGGUGGCCAAAAGGAAGAAGGAGAGCAAGCAGGGACAAGUAAAGAUAAAAAAAGUUGGUGAAGAUCUGAACCGUAGAGUUGCUGCUCCUGGAAAAAAAUCUAGAAAAGAUUGGGACAGCCUAGAGGUCGGUUUAAAUUUAGUCACCUUUGAUGAGACGACAAUGCCAGUACCGAUGUGCACAUGCACAGGCUCUGCACGUCAGUGUUACAAAUGGGGAAAUGGCGGCUGGCAAUCAUCUUGUUGCACAACCACCUUAUCUCUGUAUCCUUUACCACAGAUGCCAAACAAGAGGCAUUCUCGGAUGGGCGGUAGGAAAAUGAGCGGAAACGUCUUCUCGAGAUUACUCAGCCGUUUAGCAGCAGAAGGAUAUGACCUCUCUUGUCCUGUUGAUCUUAAGGACUAUUGGGCUAGACACGGGACAAACCGCUACAUCACUAUCAAGUAGCCUCUAUAUAUGGUCUACAGAAGCCAAGUAUGUUUCCGCUUUUUCUUUCUUCUUUUAAGGUUAGGUGUUGUCUUUUGUCUCUAUUGUUCAUAGUUCGUUGUUGUGUAUGUUACAAUAUUAUUAUUAUGUUAACUAUCUUUUGAAUGGGCAAAAAUGGUUUGGCAUAAGGAAA